CAAACCCUAAAUAAAUAAAAGGAUUAGGUCUUUUGGCGUGACAUUUGAGAUAAAUGGCCCAGAGUUCUUCAUUCUCUUUGAUACAGUAAACACAAAAUUAUCAAUCUUUAAAUUCCACCAUUCACUCAAACAUCAACACCGAAAUAGGAAAACAGUAGAGGCUGAACUCCUCGCGGCGGCGGCAGAUCGUGAUUGGUGCUAUGGGUCACGAGCAGCUGACAGCGGUGGUGUGGGGAUGGCCGAGAAUGGAUCGAAGUAGGAUGCGUCAACGUCGGAGAAGGGGCUUCGCCGGAUCUAAACCAGAGCGGUGCUGGCCGUGUGAUGGGGUGAGAACGAGUUGCGAUUCAAUAGUGGUGAAUCGUUGUUCGCUGAAGGUGAUGUCGCUGGAGUUCGGUAUGUUUGUUGUUGAAACCGCGUCAGCGUCGGAGUUGGGCGGCUAUGAUUAGAACAGUUUGUCCUUUACUGAUUCUGUUCUUUGAUUAUGUUCUUUCCUCUUUUUCUGCAUGAAAUAGAUAAAAGAAACAUUGUUGUUGUUAGUUUGAAGUUUGUGUGGACUUGUUUCCGAUCGAUAUACUUGCCUUUGUAAAACAAACAAGAAGUUUUAUUUGUAUGGUGGAUUUGAUUUUGUUUUGAAAUUCUGAAUGGAAAUGUUAUGGUUGCAAAACAAACAAGAAAUUGUACAAGUUGUAUUAAUAGAACAUGAGUUUAUGUUUGGAAUGGAUGUUGCUGAAGGUUGCGAAAUUGCUGAAGGUCGUCGCGGCGGAUACAGGAGGGAGUGAUGGCUGUUCCGGAGUGGUGUUGGAGCCGUGGAUACUGUUGCAGUUAGAUGAAGAUUUGCAGAGAGCCAGAUGUAUUGUUGUUGAUGGUGAUGCUUCUUCGCUUCUUCUAGGACAUGCUCACGGGAAGUUUCUGAGGAUGUUUUUGGGUCCUAUUAAUGUUCGUGCAUCUCGUAAGGAUGUGCAGCUUAAGGAUUACAAGUAUGUGAGGAUACUUGGUGCUUUUUAUUUGCAACUUACUGGAUCUGAUACUGAUGUGUACCAUUAUCUGGAACCAUUGUAUAAUGAUUAUAGAAAACUGAGGCGAAAGUUAGCUGAUGGACAUUAUACAUGUGAUAUUGCUAUGUCGCGCAUCAAGAAAAGCUAUCAUAGCUUCAGCUUAUUAUGAUUCAGCUGAAGCUGCUAUGACUAAGGGAUCUUUUGAAGAUAAUUUCAGUAUAAUGUGGUCUGAUGAAGAUCAUUUCACUACCUCUGAUGAUGGACAGAUCUGGAAUCUCUCCUUAGACAAUAACACAGGAUGCGGAUUUCAAACAAAACAAAAAUAUAGAUUUGGUUGGUUUAGUAUGAAGCUGAAAUUGGUAGGAGGUGAUUCUGCUGGUGUUGUCACAGCUUAUUAUAUGUGUUCAGAAAAUGGUGCAGGGCCAACAAGAGAUGAAAUUGAUUUUGAGUUUUUGGGAAAUAGAACAGGACAGCCAUAUUUGAUUAAGUUUAGUUAAUUGUUUUGGUGUAAUUGUUGUUGUUAAUGGAAUGAUUUAGGUCUGAUGGAGGGGAAAGGAUGGUUAAGAAGCUUAGGAUGUCCAAAGCCCUCACUAUAUCUGAGGGGACAUCAGUUUCAGAUGCGUGUCGGCGAAUGGCAGCGCGGCGCGUUGAUGCUGUUUUGCUGCCUGAUUCAAAUGCUUUGUUAUCGGGAAUUAUGACUGACAAGGAUAUUGCUACUAGAGUUAUUGCCGAGGGUUUGCGGCCGGACCAAACAAUGGUGUCAAAAGUAAUGACUCGGAAUACUUUGUUUGUGAUUAGCUCUAUAUUAAAUAAUUUCAGAAGAUCUUAAGCCUAUGAUUAAAAUAGCUAAUGUUCAUCAUUGUAGAUUGCUUACUGACCUUACUAGAACAACUGUCUGUACAUAAUAAACCAAAAACACACUCAUGGAUGUAACCCCACCCUUAUAUCAAAUGGACACAAAAGAUAGUUUUGAAACUGAGAAAUAUAGUUUUGAAACUAUAACUUACUUGUAUUAGUUCACUGCUCAAAGUCUUAUGACCUUCACUACUCGAAAUUCACUUUCCAAAGUAAUGAACUCAAUAAAAAAGUUAUAAA